AUGUUUAAAUUUAGUAAUACGAGUUUAAAUUUUUUCUGUCGCAAAGCGGUUAAAACCAGAAUUGACAGUUUUAUUUCGAACCCCUCAAGGACUUUGGCAUGUAACCAGCAGAGCCAAAGCCUCUCAACCCUAGCAAAUCCUACUGACCCAUCUGUAUCUGAUGUGUCUCAUGUUUCUCAGGAAGAAGAGUCGUUGUACCCCCCUAUUAAACCAAAGUAUCCUGCGGGUAGAUGGAAAAAUAUAAGUGAGGAAUCUGCAUGGAAAAUACAUGAAAUUUCACAUAGUAUUCUUCAAAUACCCAAAGCUAAAGAACGUCUGGAAUUUUUAGCAGGUGAAGAUGAUAGAACGCUGUGGCUUGUUGCACCGUUAGCUCCCAGGCCUAAUAAUUUAAGUUAUCAAAAAAUCCUCACUAAAUCACACAUAAUGCCCGAUUAUCCAAAUUUGCUCAAAUCAGUAAACGUGAAUGGGGACAUUCUUAGUGAGAGCAUGUCUUUGAUAGAUGACCUUCAUCACUUGGAAAGUAUUUCUGUGAACCAUGGCUACAGCAAAUUAUCUAGGACUAUAAAUCCAAACUUUGAUGAUCAACAUUUACACAACUUCCUUGUUUCAUCUAUCAAAUCAUUAGUUGCAUUUUUAAGUGGUAAAAAUGAACAUUUAUUGAGAUGUGAAAUUGAUGAAAAUGUUAGAGUUGAAUCAUUUUGGAGAGUGACAGGGUUUGAAGGGGAUAAAAAAAGUUGUGAUGGUUCCUGGGAUAUAGUCAAGACAGUGAAUGAUAUUGAUGCAGGAGUCUUACAGUUCCAGUACAGACACAAUGCUAAUUUACAAAUCAGAACUGAACUGCCGCUAAACCAGUUUGUGUCAAUGGAUGACAACACUUGCAUCGCACAGGAUCCAUACAUUCCCAUGCAUGCUCCUGAAUUUGUAGGGAUUAAAUCCAUCAAAGAUAGGCCAGUCAAUGUUUCUGGCCACUGGAUAGGCAGUCCAUGCGAGUUCACAACGUGUUCUGUUCACCUGAUGCCAAGUCAGUUUGUUGAUAAGUUUCUCGAAUAUGGUAGUGAAUAUUUGAGGGAGGCAGAAGAGCUCAUGGCCCUCACAACAAUGUUUGGCUCAUGUCUUGCUCAGGCUCACAACCAAGGUUUUUGUGACAUGCUGGAUUUGACAUAUCCGAUAACAACUCAAAGCGUGAUAGUUAAUAAAGAAUAUGUAAGAUUUGCAUGCUACCAAUUGAACACACUGCAAAUGUGGAAUGACGCCAACCCUUUACAAAACCUCAUGUGGAUAUCAGAACCAGUCAGUAUGCUUUCCAAGUCAUCAGAUAAUGCCCAGACACUCAGUAAACAGUUUGUAGAAUUCUUGUUAAGAUCGAUUCUUAUCAAGCCUCACGAUCGAGAAAUAAACUUGAGGCCGUAUCUUCCUGAUGAGGAAUCUCCGGUUAAAACGAAAUUUACAAUCAACUUCAAAGGUGAAAAACCUUUUGAACACCCCGUUAUUGGCAGGUGGCAAUAUCCAAAGCGCUCUAUAUAUUUUUAAUUUUUUUAUUUAUUUGAUUAAUAACUGAAGUUUUUA